AUCAAGCCACAGUGUCCAACACACACACACAAUCCAGUCACACUACCCCACACACUCAAACGCACAUCACACUCGCAGCCCAGAGAGCCCAGCCCGCUGCUGUGCCAUGGAAGCCCCCGAGGAUUAACGCAGCAGCAGCAACGUUGCGCAAGUGCCACCCAUCCAUCCCUGCUAAAAACAGCUGGUGACCGGGUACACAAGACACACGCGACAGGGUGGUGGGCUGGAGGCCGACGGCUACGACACAACAAGGUGGAGGACGGGCUAGAGAGAGAGCCCGUGAGCUCAGUGGCGCAGGGGGCUUGGGAUGUGCGCCGUGCCGGGCUCCCUGCUCGGCGACUACUGGCCCCUGCUGAGGUUCCUCGUGCCCCUGGCCGUCACCAAUGUGGCCACGGACCUUGGAGAGCAGGCUUUGAAUCGUGGCAUCGCGGCAGUAAACCGCAGCUCGGUGGAGAUGCUGGCCAGCUAUGGGCUUGCUUACUCUCUCAUGAAAUUCUUCACGGGGCCUAUGAGCGACUUCAAGAACGUGGGGCUGGUGUUUGUGAACAGCCGGCGGGACCGUGCCAAGGCACUGGGCUGCAUGGCCACGGCGGGCGUGGUGGCCGCGCUCUUCCACAUGCUCAUCGCCUAUACGGAUAUGGGCUACUACAUCAUCAACCGCCUACACCAUGUGGAUGGGGUGGUGGGCACGAAAACAAGACAGGCUUUUCUGUACCUGGCCGCCUUCCCGCUCAUCGAUGCACUGGCAUGGACGCAUGCAGGAAUCCUGCUCAAGCACAAACACAGCCUGAUCGUGGGCUGCGCUUCCCUCUCUGACGUCUGUGCCCAGGUGGUGUUCGUGGCUGUGUUCCUGCAGAGUCGGCUCGAGUGCGCCGAGCCUAUGCUAAUCCCAGUGCUGGCACUCUACAUGGGCUCACUCGUCAGGUUCACUACGCUGUGCCUGGCGUACUACACCAAGGUGCACCACCUCCUCCCGCAGCGGGCCGGCGCGGACACGGGUGAGGCAACCGUGCGCAAGAUGCUGAGUUUCUGGUGGCCACUGGCGCUCAUACUGGCCACUCAGCGCAUCAGCCGGCCAAUAGUCAACCUGUUUGUCUCGCGGGACCUGGGGGGCACGCAUGCUGCCACGGAGGCGGUGGCGGUGCUUACUGCCACAUAUCCCGUGGGCCACAUGCCAUAUGGCUGGCUCACUGAGCUGCGUGCCCUCUACCCCGCCUUCCACAAGAGCAACCCAAGUAACAAGUCAACGCUGACAAGUUGUAACGUCAACCCAGCCAAAAUAAAAAACUUCACGCUUGUCUGCCUAGCGAUCUCUUUCACGCUGUGCAUGGUGCUCUUCUGGAGCCCGGGUCUCCCCGAUGGGAUCCUGGUCACCUUCAUUGGGGUAGACGACGCUUUCGCCAACAGCUGCAUCAUUCCUCUCAGGAUAUUCUCCUUUUUUCCGUUCCCAGUGACGGUGAGGGCGCACCUCACGGGCUGGCUCAUGACUCUGAAGCAGACGCGGGUGCUGGCGCCCAGCUCCAUCCUACGCAUGAUCCUCCUCAUCACAAGCCUCCUGUUGCUGCCCUACCUCGGGGUGCACGGAGCCCCGUUAGGUGUGGGUUCCCUCCUCGCUGGUUUCCUCGGGGAGGCUGCCAUGGUGGCUCUCGCUUCGUGCUACGUCUUCAGGAAAGAGAGACACGAAGCACUGAUAGAUGGAGAGAGCAUGGGUGACGGCGAAGGCGAUGCAAUAUCUGAGACCGUGGUCAUGACGGACGAGUCCGAGACGAGUGAGGACGACUACCUGUAGCCUCGGUCUUGCUGACACUGGGAAAUCAACUGACGGCCGGUCCAUAGUCACUCCUCUGCUCUUACCCCCAGUGCCAGUGCCCGCUACCCUCCUUCACCUGACCCCCAUCCCCUGAGAUUUCUGCUGUAGCAUAAAGGUCAUGGCGCAUUCCACACAACUACUACAGAGAGACUGCUCUAUGUGCUGCUGGACCUUGUGUAUGCUUUGGUAAACUCUAUCGGAGACACAACCAAGAUCUGACAGUAAAAAUUGCGUUAUUCAUUGUAGUUACAUUCAAGUAUUUUCCAUGGACCAGAAAUACACAGUUUAAAUACUAGCAGUCAUUAAACUAUUAUAGAUUCAUGUUGAACUCAUGCAGUGGCUCCGGAGAUAAUAGUAAAAUAUGUUAACGUGUUGAAUACAUUUGGUUGCUUUUAUCUGAGAUUGGCCGAUUACAACAAAUGUAGACUGUCAAUUGUGGAAAUGAAGGUUGUGAGAAUGAAAGUACUUUUGCAGAGGACCAUGACAAAUUGAAGCAGACAAAUUUAACAUAAAAAAAUGUAGAACCAUAUUUAAAUUGUCUGCUGGUGGAAUUCCCCGUGCCAUGGAGUUGAAUUGAUUUAUUUCACCAUCGGUUUAAAGCCGUCAUAUUGAGGAACAUGACAACGCAAACUACACAGUACUUGGUCGGGGUGGGAAGAGGACAUAUCUUUCAGAUUCAAAGGUAUAUAAACUACAGCGUCCCCAAAAUGCAUCUGAAGAAAGAAUUAAACUUUUGUUGGAUGAAGAGGAUUUAAAGAGCUCCCUAUGCUCUCUGACCACGUUAAAAGUCUACGUGACCAUACUUGCCAACCCUACCACUUUAAGUGGCAGGCUGCCAAUGUGUUUUGCCAUUGCUGCAAGCCAAUUUUCAAAACUAAUAAUUUGAAGGCUUUAUAUAUAACAAAAACGAGUAUUUUUUUGACGUUUUUUUUUGCUUUGGAAAUCGGUAUGCGCUAAAACCGUUUAAAAUUCGUCAUCCUACCAUGUACAUCGGUACACAAGUUUGCAUUCCACAUGCAACAUUCCAUAGGCGUAGUUUACAGCUUCACACCAGUGCAUAUGUAGGCGGAGAGCUUCCCGUGUAGCUAUGCAAUUUGCUUGUGUGGAGAAGGGGCCUUCCAUUUUGUCCGAGUGCCAUGGAGAGGGUUUUGCAGCAAAUGAGAGAUUAAUGAAUGCUUUGCAGUUUUUUGUUUUUCUGUUUUCAGAACAAAGGUGCUGAUUGACAGUUAAGGUCACAGUGCUGCAUUAUAUAGGCAUGGCCACCGAAUGGUUUUUCAGGCCAAAUACAAUUUAAUUCUAAGGCCCAGGGCAAAUUCCCCACAUACCCUCAACCCCCCCUAGCCUACCCCUCUCUCUACAACCAUGGUUAUAGGGUGACAUGUUCAGGUUUGUAAGCGUGUUGGGUAAUCCUCUUUUGUGCAGUCACCACCUGCAUGUGAAAUUUGCAGAAAGUGAUAAGUAUUUAAGUUUAUUUGCUGGUCACCAUGUCCAGAAACAAAUAUUUGCUUUUGGAGUGAUGCAGUUCAAAAGUUAAACCCAAAUGUUUCCCCAAACACCAGUUUCAGCUUGGGGAACAAGCAGCUAUUUGCUUUUUUCUACAUCGCCCAUCUUUGUUUUGUCUUCUAUCUGUGCUGAUGUUAAUGUUCUCUUUGCCCAUUAGGAUUGUUUUACAUGGCACUUGUUUCCAUGUAUUUAAUUAAUACACAGUAGCUUAUAUCUGCAUUCAGUUAUAAUAUUUUAGCCGAAAUAUGUUGUGGCUUUUUCCAGCAGUAUUUUAAUUACAAUAUAGGACAUGUGUAGAUGUUAUUUUUAUGCAAUAUUUUGCCACUGCUUGAGUCAUGCAGUAACUUUGUAGUCGUUGGUGUGGGAUUGUGCUCUUAGCUUUACUGCUAUUGCUGUGUAUCCAUCUGUGAUAGUUUUUUGGGAAAAUAAAUAAUUUGUAUAUGAAUGGUUCUAUCCCAGUUGAAUUGGCACUCAAAAUGGCACAAUGCCCUAUAUGAAACUGGCCCUGCCCAUUGUCUAGCAACUGAACUCAGCUUACUCCAUAUGUGCAUUUUCACUCUGUUCUUCAGUUUAUCAGUAUUUUUUGAAAGUAUAAUGUCCAUGCGCCCUUUUUUGUUUAAAAUCCAGAAAAAUUCUGAAUUUAAUGAAAAAAUAAGAAAUAUAGUUAAAAAUCACUCAAGCCAACAGCAAAAAAGGCCAUGGAGUGUGUGUGUGCUUGUAUAUUAAAAUGUAAAAUACUAAAUGAUACAGAAUGUAAUCUAAAGUUGAAUGCACAUGAAUGCAGCACCGAGAAACGGUUCAUUUGUGUUGAGAAAGUUUGUUUUAGGUCUACAAUCGGUUGUUUGAUGGUAAUGAGAAGGAAAUGAAAAUGGGAUUCGUUGCUUUAAACAUUGUUGCACUUUACUUUAAAGGUAUUUGCUUUGCACAGUAUAAAGCCUCCACAUCAAACUCUCAUCUAAGGUUCUCAAUUGCACAAGAGCUAAAUCCCGAGAAACUUAUAUGUGAUUGGGGUGUAACUUAUGGCUUGGAAUGCAAUUGUGAGAUGGGGAUUUAACAGAAAUUCUAACCAGAUUUUAGUUCACAACGAGUAUCACCAUUAAAUUUUGAUUUAAAGCUUUCGUGACUGCAGGGAUUCAUAUUCUUGGUUCUUUCGGUAAAAUGUUUCCCUUCUACGUGACUUUACCCUUCUACGUGACUUUACUGAAAGAACCAAGAAUAUGAGUAUCACCAUUAUCAGGGCCAGAUGUAUUUUGAGGGAGGCCUGAAGCUGUUGAAGCUUCGAAUAUAUUCAAUGUAUUCUCCUUACUCUUUUAUCACCAGCCAUGCUUUUCAUGUCAAACACUCAAUUGUUAUUACCUUGGUUAUUUUUGUAUUUUUUUUUAUUUGAUAUGCGAAUUGUGGUGCCGCAUUAAAAAAAUACCUUUGUAUUUAAGAACAUACUGUAACUGGUAGGAAUACACGUUUUGAUCCUGUGGAAUUAAUUAUUUACCUGGCAGGUUAUGUUAUGGAGAUAGUAUUAUUUCAGACAUUGUAAAGAAGUAUAGAUUUUGUGAGCCCUUCAAAAUCCCAGGCCCUGGGAUGCAGCCCUUAAAGCCCCUCUGAUAAUCCGGCCCAAACCAUCAGCAUUUGACAAGUAGGACGAUGUCUAUUUUUUGGGGGUAGAAAAUGCUCAAAAAGAGCCAUCUGUUGAACAAGUAGGCAUGGUCGUUGAGCAUGCAAGGCCAAUCGCAUUUUUGUUCCCACAGUAAUAUCCAUCGAUUAUAUUUAAAAAUGUCUUACAUCUUGGGCUUCAUGCGUUUAGGCUUUUGUAUGCCUUAUGUUUGAUGCUGAGACAAGUGCAUCUCUGGUAAUUUAGUGCUUGAAAAAAAAUCUAUAAGUGCACUAUAUUGUUUUAAUCUUAUUGUUCGCAUUAUUUUAAUAUAAAACUGAUGCCUUUGUUACAGUACUGUACAUAAGAACAGAUGUAAUAUGUUCUCCUUGCGGGUAAUUUAUUUCGGUGUUAUUUAUACAAAUAUAACUGAUGGACCGAUAACCGAUACGUUAUUGACGUGAUUUGCAUUUCGAGUAAAUGAAAAAAGCUGACAUGUU